AUGAGUGGUGAUUUUGCUGUUCAGGAACAAACUAGGCUAAAAGAUCUGCUACUAGACCGUCAGGAAGCUUUGAAAGAACAAAGGAAGGUUUUAGAAAGUAUUAAUAAGCAAUCAGAUACACUAAAAAUUGGAGAUGACAUUGAUAACAUAAUUAACUCUAUAUUAAAUGAGGUGGGAUUAAAUGAAUCCAUCUUUACAGUUAGUGACACCCCCAUUUUAGCCACUAGCACUGGUUCUUUAAAGGAAUAUACUCCUACAUAUAGAAAGGGUUUACAACCAGCUAUAGCAAUUGUAGAUCUCAACAUAACUGAGGUCAGCAAAGAACACUUUGAGAAGAGCACACAAGCUGAUACCACUGAUAGCACCCCUUGCAACAUAUCUGGAUUAGCUACUGCAAAUACUUCCAAUAAAUCAUUUAAAAUAUCGAUUCCAGUAGCAAAUGUUAAUGAUACUUCUCUUAUUGAUAAUGAAGCUUUGGCAGCUACAACACCUAAUACAACAACUUCAGCUGUUAAAGUAUCAAGCUUUUUUGAUGAAUAUAAUGAGAAUAAAGGUGAAAUCUUGAAGAGUGGUGAAUUUAUAGAGUUCUUUAAUAAGACUUCACGUAUUAUAGAGAGAACUUUAGGAGAAAGUGCAAUUUUUGAUCCAUUUUUUGAUAUCAGAGUAGAUUCUACUGUCACAAGUCCAGAUAUUGCACUUGGAUCAUCUACAAGCACAAAUCCAGGAAAUAUAGAUAGUAUUACGAGUAAUGGGAUAUUUAAAAAUAGCCAGCUAUAUCACUGUGAAUUGUCGAUAAAUCGUCCUAUUAUGGAUAUUAAAAGUCAUUCAGCCUAUCCAGAAUACUUCAUAGUGGCCUAUGGGAGCAAAACAAAUCAACUAUUAAAUCCAUCAUCUACUUCAAAUCCUACAAUUUUGGACUAUGGUGGGUGUGCACUAUUAUGGUCUAUUUCAAUGCCAAGGAAGCCUGAGCUUGUAUUUAUAGCUUCUAGUGCAGUACUUAGAGUCUCAUUUAAUCCUUAUAAUCAACAUCGUUUUAUUGGAACUACAUACAAUGGAGAAAUCUUAAUUUGGGAUUCUCGCAGUGGAAAGAUACCUGUGCAAAAGACCAAUACAAUGAUUUCUAAUACAAACAAUAUGCAUUGUUUCCCUGUAUAUUCAAUGGAAUUACUUGGAAACAAAGGAGCUCAAAAUAUUGUAUCAAUAGAUGCAGACGGCAAAGUUUGUAGUUGGAACUUGACAAAUAUAAAUGAUCCCAUUGAAUCUUUCCAGUUAAAAAAGUCCAAUUCCAGAGAUAUUGCAAUAAAGUGUAUGACACUAUCUAAACUCAUUAAUCCAAACAAUAUCUACUGUGGUGCUGAAGAUGGAAAUAUAUAUCAAACCAUUAUAAAAACAAAUAAACCAGGAGUUAUUCAUAAUUCUGUUAAUGCUCAUAGUGGAUUUGUGACUUCUCUAGAUUAUCACCCAAUAUGUGACUGCUUUCUUAGUGCUUCUGCUGAUUGGACAGUUAAACUCUGGUCUCCCAACUCAAACACUACAGUAAUACAAAAUACAACCACAAGUUCUUCCUCUAUCACUCUUCUCUGUACCUUUGAAUCUAGCGAAAAUUAUGUGAUAGAUGUAGCUUGGCAUCCUAUUCACCCAGGUAUAUUUGCUGUUGUUGAUGCAGAUAACAAUUUAAUCAUAUAUGACUUAACCCAAGGAAACUGGCAAGCUCCCGUAUGUAAAAUUACUACUUCAAACAAUAAUUCAAACACCUCAUUAAAUAUUGCAAAUUCUAUUAAUUGGUCUAGUGAUGGAACAAGACUUUUUAUAGGUUAUACGAAUGGUGACUUAAUUAUGUGUAACACAGAUACGAAAAUCUAUCAGCCUAGUAGGAAUACAUGGAAUCUCUUUAAUGAGAGACUUGAGAGUUUCAAAUUUAAUAAUGGAGACACCAGCAAUUCUAGUCCCAACCUAAGCAAAUCAGAUAGAAUAAAUUCUACUGAGAAUAUGGAUGACACUAAUUAUGAUUAG